AUGUCACGUGUUAAGCCUGUUGCAAAUACUAUUCGCCAUGUUCUAAACGAGCCGGGAUCUGGGUUCGAGUUACGACCGCAAAGCAUCUAUGGAUUGCUUGGAGGGACAGAGUCGCCAUGUUUACAAAGCAGUUAUAGGAAUGUUGAGAUGUCUCACUAUAAUUGCUGUGUUCCUGGCUGUACAAAUAGCUUUAGAAGCGCUUCUCAUUUACACUACUACAGGAUACCGAAAGAUGAGGCUGUUAGAAAAUCCUACAAAGUUAUUUUGAAGAAUGAUAGCCUGAAAUUGAACUCAACAAGUACACGGAUCUGCUCAGAACAUUUUGAAGGUGGUGCGAAACUAAGCCGCACUCAUUUGCCGUCGAUAUUCCCCUGGACAAAGCCAGAAAUCAAAAGAAGAGAACUUAAAAGAGUCAGUUUUGAUAAAAUUAAAGAAAUCGAGGAAGAAAAGAGACAGAGAAGGCUGCUAAAGGAAAACUCAAGUCAGGCUUCUCUGACAUGUGAUCAUGAUGGCGAACGUAACGACACGUUCGAAGUCCUUGCCAUCGAAACACAAACAAAUACGACCAGUCAAACAUCUCUUACGAGCUUGGACAUUGAAUCGCUGCUGAAAGAUUUACAGAGACACAAAGAGGACAUUGUUAAACUGACUGAAGAAAAGGAGAAGCUGCAAAACGAAAAUGUGAAGUUAAGCGAUGAAAAUACAACCCUGCUCCAGGCCAAUUGUAAGCUUGAACAAGAAGUAAAGAGACUAAGAUAUUCUCUGCAAAACAUUCGAUUUGAUGUUGAGAAAUAUAAAGACAAAAAUGAAGACAUUGCUUUUUACACGGGUUUCCCUGACUACAAGGCAAUGCUUCUUYGUUUUAAGAUGGUUGAAGAUUCUGCUAAUAACAUUGUAUAUGAACAUGAAAGGGUCAGUUGUGGAAAUGUCGGAAGACCUCGAUGUCUGACCAAAUUUCAAGAGUUCACAUUAGUAUUAAUGAGAUUGAGACUUGGACUAUUUGAGAAGGAUCUUGCCCAUCGUUUUAAUGUGUCAAGAUCCACAGUAUCUAAAGUUACUAAUGCCUGGAUUAGAUUCUUGAGGAGUGAGUUUGAACCACUUAUUACCAUACCUCCACGAGAUGUCAUUAAAAUGUACAUGCCUGACAUUUUUAAGUCUUUUUACCCUGAUUGUGUGGUAAUUGUGGACUGUACUGAGUUUGAAAUGGAGAAACCAUCUUCUCUUAACUGUCAAUCUGCCUGCUAUUCAUCAUACAAGUCCAGAACGACCAUGAAGGCCUUGCUUGGCAUCACACCCAGUGGUGCUUUGUGUUUUGUUAGUGAGCUAUUUCCUGGUUCAACAUCAGACAAGKAGAUCACAGCUCAAAGUGGAUUUUUGGGCAAACUACUACCACAUGAUAAAGUUAUGGCAGACAAAGGUUUCAACUGCACUGAUGAGUUAGCUUCUGUGGGAGCAGAACUAAUAAGGCCAGCAUUUUUGGACAAAAAGAAACAAUUCUCAAAAGAAGAGACCAACCACAACAAGACAGUCGCAAGCCUAAGAGUACAYGUUGRGAGAUUAAUGGAAAGAGUGAAGAAUUGGCACAUAUUUGAUCAUAGAAUUCCCAUUACUCUUUCUCCAAUAGCAACUGAUAUGCUAUUUGUAGUGGGUGCACUAUCUAAUUUUCACCCUCCAUUAAUCAAUUGA